ACCGCUUGCACCCAUCCACAUAUCGACAAACAGCGUAACGCAUCGAUCUUCCCGACCGUUUAUUUCCUGUGACUUCAACUUCACGCGGACGGUCGCCAUGUUGAAGCCGAGAUUACCAUGAACAGAAAUGUAGGCAUUGCGGUCGGCGCAACCCUGCGACGCUGUGUCGUUGACCAGCCUCUAUCAACAAUUUCUCCACUUCCUCAGUUCAACCUCACGUUCUUCCGCACACUUCGACCUCUAGGACCAGCCGCUCCUCAUAGAAAUUUCUCGUCACAUACAAGUUCGCUACGCCGUCCAUUCAGCCUUUUCACACCUCAUCGCCCAACCCCUCCAUGUCACCUCACCGCAUCUCCAUCAAGUCAUACUUCCCCGCCUCGAUACGUUCUCGAGAGUGUGACGGCAGCUGCCGCGGCGGCAUGGAAGAGACAAUCUCAUAGCCAUGCAAGGAAGGGUCGUAGAAGGGGUGUACCCGCCACAAAACGUAAUAAGAGUUCAGUCACUGGUGGAAGGUCAACAAAAGUUCAGAAACCGUCUGCACCACAGGCAGAACUCUCGCCGCAACCGAAAGCCUCUCCUAGGCCGAUCCCACCUGUAAACAACGCCUCCGAACAAUCACAUGAAUCUUCGAAACCCCUCUUAGACCGCCUACCACAACACCUACCCCACCUACAUAGACCGAGCAAAGCAGAGUUACUGGCAGCGGCGUCUGGCUUCUGGUCUCGAAUGAAGGUUCGAUUCAAAUGGCUCACCAUACGAAGCACCCGGCCUUUCAACGCCGAUGAGAUUUAUGCCAUGUUUUCCUGGAUCCUUGCAGCACACAUCCUCUGGAUCGUCGUUGGAACGACAACUUUUUUCUCGAUAGCAAUAUUCAUGAUCAACAGUGUCUUCGCCCAGGAAACUCUUGCGAAGUGGAUUGGAAACUAUCUCACACAGUCAUCCGGAAUCAAGGUUGUUUUCGAAUCAGCUGUUGUUCCUAAAUGGAAGGACGGAGUCAUUUCUUUCCGGAAGGUCUUCGUCUCCCGACGUCCCGGCCAGGGACGUGCAAGAGUGAGCAAAGGAUCCCAGACAUCCGCUGCAGCUGCCGCUGCCGCAAUCGCACACAAAGAAAAGGGGGCUGUUGAUGGGGAGGAAGAGGAGGAGGAUACGAAUUACACACAAUUUGACAUUUCCAUCGACGCAGUCAACGUCACUUUAUCUUUUUCCAAAUGGAUGAAUGGAAAGGGUCUUCUGAAGGAUGUUGAGAUCAAAGGAAUUCGAGGAGUCGUUGAUAGAACAUCCGUCUACGCCCUAGAAGAAUACGUCGACCCGCGCACUUACAAGCAUGAGCACCAACCCGGCGACUUUGAAUUAGACUCAUUCAAGAUGGAGGAUUUGCUGGUCACAGUAUACCAGCCAGAUGAUUUCCGACCUUUCUCCGUCAGCAUCUACUCCUGCGAUCUCCCACAGCUCAGGAAACAGUGGCUGUUCUACGACUUCCUGUCCGCCAACAUGAUGUCUGGGUCGUAUGACAAUUCACUCUUCACCAUCCACCCCCGCCAGACACACAACUACACUGGGAUGCAAUUAAACAAAGGCCUCGAUACCGAAGAUGGUCAGACCUGGAAGAAACAGAGCCGCAUCAGAAUUGACGGUCUCAGCAUAGACCACUUGAACAGGGGCUAUGACGGACCUUUCUCUUGGAUCUACGAGGGAAACGUCGAUAUCGUAUCGGACAUCAUGAUUCCCAACGAGAAUGAUGCCAGCAUCGCCAAGGUCAUGUCAGACAUGUAUGAUCGAGUGGAAGCGACCGUGAAGAAGACAAACACCAGUCUCCGCGUCGUACGAAACGACCAUAACCAUACUCAUAUCUCUGACCACGCCCACGGCUUUGAUGGUGAGCAUCAAGAGGAGGCGGAACAGGGAGAAAACGACGAGGACAACCGCUUUAUCAUCAUGGACAUUCGCGUCCAUCUCAACGACGUGCGAGCUGCAGUUCCGAUAUUUACUAAUGACCUUUCCUACGUCAACAAUGCGCUGGUUCGGCCCAUUGUUGCAUACAUCAACUCCAAGAAGACCUUCAUCCCGGUGAAUUGCAGAGUUGUCAAGCGGGCAGGCGAAUUUGAUGGAAGCUGGACACUCUACGACAGCGGCCUGAUGGACGAUGUAUCUCGCGAGAUGUACGAUGCAUUCGCGAAGGACGUCCUCAACGACAACACUGCCCGCAAACGCCGGAUAAAGAAGGUCGGCAUCUGGACAUUGCAACUCGCAGCACAAGCCCUCUUCCUCGGUCUAGCCGGAAACAUAGCUUAACGAUAUCCCCACUUCUCUCUCUCAGCAUACACGAAGGUUACCUGUAUUAUACGAAAAAAGAACGCGGCGUUUUUUGGGAGGGGGGCGUUUUGUUUUGCCAUUGCCGGCGCAGGUGGGAAAAGUAUGAAACGACAAUUCUUGGGUUAUCACGAGCGGUAACGAUUUAACGCCGGGGCAGUUACGAGAUCAUUCUUAAGUGCCAAAUAAAAACAAUAAUGACAGAUAGGAUGC